AUGAAGCUUGCAGGGUUGAAAUCAAUUGAGGAUGCGCACGAGGAGUCAGUAUGGGCGGUGACAUGGGUCCCGUCAACCGAGACCCGACCUGCUUUGUUGUUAACCGGAUCACUGGACGAGACCGUGAGGCUGUGGCAGCCAGACGAGCUAGUCAACCGGGGCAAAAUGACCGGCCACUGCCUCGGUGUCGCUUCAGUGGCAGCUCACCCCUCUGGCCAUAUUGCCGCCUCGGCUUCACUCGACAGCUUCAUUAGGGUUUUCGAUGUCGACUCCAACAACACCAUCGCUAGUCUCGAAGCCCCACCCUCUGAAGUCUGGCAAUUACGCUUCAAUCCUCAGGGUACCAUGCUAGCUGUGGCGGGUGGGGGAAGUGCAUCAGUCAAAAUUUGGGACACCACCACAUGGAAUCUGGUUGCCACAUUGUCAAUUCCUCGCCCAGAAGGAACCAAGCCCACGGAUAAAAGCAGCAGCAAGAAGUUUGUGCUAUCAGUUGCCUGGAGUCCUGAUGGUAGGCGCAUAGCUUGUGGCUCGAUGGAUGGAACAGUUUCUGUUUUUGACGCAGAUCGGGGCAAGUUCCUGCACCAUCUGGAAGGCCACUUCAUGCCCGUGAGGUCUCUUGUGUUUUCUCCAGUUGAGCCACGGUUACUUUUCACGGGCUCAGAUGACACCCAUGUGCACAUGUAUGAUGCUGAGGGGAAAACAUUGGUUGGGGCCAUGUCAGGACAUGCGAGCUGGGUUCUGAGUGUGGAUGUGAGCACAGAUGGGGCGGCUCUUGCAACAGGCUCAAGUGAUAGAACUGUGAGGCUGUGGGAUAUCAACAUGAGGGGAGCUGUGCAGACAAUGAGCAACCACACUGACCAAGUUUGGGGAGUGGCAUUUCGACCAGGAGGAAUGCCUGGUAGACUUGCUAGUGUGUCAGAUGACAAGAGCAUAUCGUUAUAUGACUACUCUUGA